GUCCGGCCGGCUGGCGGUGGCGGAGGCUCCGGCAGCGGUCGCCGUCGAUUCUGUGUGGAGCUGCGCUGCUCCCCUCAAACCCGUCCCUGUCAGCUCUCUGCUCCCGCGCCAGCCUACCUCGCUCCAAGGCGCCAUGACCACCACCACCACCUUCAAGGGCGUCGACCCCAACAGCAGGAAUAGCUCACGGGUUUUGCGGCCCCCAGGUGGUGGAUCCAAUUUCUCACUAGGCUUUGAUGAACCAACAGAACAACCCGUACGGAGGAACAAAAUGGCCUCUAGCAUCUUUGGGACACCUGAGGAAAAUCCCCCUUCGUGGGCCAAGUCGGCAGGUGCCAAGUCUAGUGGUGGCAGAGAAGAUUCUGAGUCAUCUGGACCCCAGAGAAGGAACUCUUCUGAAGCAAACCCUGGAGACUUCCUAGAUCUGAAGGGAGAAGGUGACAUUCAUGAAAACGUGGACACAGACUUGCAGGCCAGCCUGGGGCAGUGUGAGGAGAAGCCCGUGCCCGCUGCCCCUGUGCCCAGCCCAGUGGCACCAGCCCCAGUGCCAUCCCGAAGAAACCCCCCCGGUGGCAAGUCCAGUCUUGUCCUGGGUUAGCUCCGACUGUCUGGAACUCUGUUGUUGUUUGUUUUCUCCAUGCUUGUGAACUGCACAACUUGAGCCUGACUGUACACCUUUGGAUUUGUUUCAUUAAAAAAGAAGCACUUUA